AUGGAGGAUCCGUGGGGUUCUCCUUGGACCAACGACUCGCCCCCGAAGAUAGACCUUCCCGCGCCGCCGCCGCAUGCGCAUUUCACCGCGGACCAUUCGGGAAGCUCGCAGCGCGUUUCACCUGCCAACACGCCAUGGAACGAAGACGACGAUGCUUGGGGCGGCUGGGCCGAGGCGGGCAAGGACAGCAGUCCGCGCUGGGGAAGAAGUCCUGGCUUGCGGCCGAUAGGGGGUAGUCCUGCUGGUUCGAGGUUACCAUCGCCGUCGGUGGAUUCAUGGGGACGCACACCGACGUUUGAUAUGGCACGGGUGCGGAAGGAAGAUAAUGGAGACUCGGCAAUAAGUCUUGGUGAAGGACUGCGACCGAUUAUAGGACGGGUUGCGACGAGGACACCAUCUCCCGUUCGUUCACUUAAGGAGAACGCGGCAGACAUCUGGCAGCGACCGGAUCCAGCCCUUUCACACAGGAGCAUUAGUCCCCUGCCGAGCGAAGAUGAGGGUCGACCAGGUUCACCCGAUGGCGAACCCAGGCCAGCCUUACAGCCUGAAACGAGACCGGCACCGCUACGACAACCGUCGAACAAGGUUUCCGAACUAGUGGAAUUGUUCGAUGAUAUGGCUAAGAGCACCCAUAGCGUUUCGCCGGUUGAUCCGGCGAUGCGAAAGGUUUCUGAUAAUGCUUUGUCGUUCCAGGAGGUCACAUCUGACACUGGAGCUGGCGAGCCGGAAGAGCUGGAAGAACAUUUAGAGGUGAAGAACGAACUCGAGUCGGAGCCUGGAUCUGAAUCUGAAUCUGAAUCUGAUGCUGAUGAGGAGCUGAAGCUGGAUCAAGAAGUGAAGGAGGAGUCAGAGCCCGAACCAACACAAGAAACAAAACCCGAAGCCAAGAUUGAAGAAAUACCCCCAGAAGGGAACGAUGGAGUGGAGGAAGUGACUAAAGAGUCGUCCAAUACGAGCGAUGAAGGCGAAACCGAAUCGGAUUCAUGGUCAGAUUUCGAAUCGUCUACUCAGGAUCCCCAAAAGGGUGAGACUCAGGAACCACAAGUGGAAGUUGCUAAAGAGCAGCCGCUGGUGUUGGAGACUGCGACCAAGGUAGAAACAUCCGAAGAGCCAAUAGCAGCACGACUAAAACCGCCGUCAGUGCCUUUCUCAAUCGACUUGUCUAAGUUGGAUGAUCUCUUUCCCUCGGUCGAAGCCUCCUUUCCAGCCCCAGAGCCGAUCCCUGAUGUUAUCAUCGACGACACUUUCACCUCAAUCUCGGAGCGCAAAGCUUGGUAUCUCUUGUCAAGACCUGGCUCAAUGCGGAAACAUAACAUGGGAGAUGAUGAGAAUUAUGUGCGCGUUGGGUGGCAGAACUCCCAGGUACGCGAACAGUCGAUCAGGAUUGUGAGACGAUGGAUGGAGGAGGAUUCGAUCACGGGACGUGUUGUGCUUGGUCGAAGAGGUGGUGCUGCGGGUGCAAAGAUCUUCAACUGGGAUUCAGCAGCGCCCACAACAGAAGUCUCUAUCUCUGAACUAUUGGCGCGGAAGAACCACUCGAGACAUACUUCGGUGGCUUCCAAGGGGACAGUGGCGUCGCCUACAGCAGCAGCAUUUGGAUGGGGUAGUGAGCCGGUUCCUUCGUCAACUGCGGCCGCACCACCCUCUGCGCCUCGCACUUCGAAUGUGAGCGAGCCGAGUUCAGCAGCAGAAAUCUCGUCACCUGUCGAGGCCACCAAGAUAUCUCCCGUCUCGGCGACACGACCUCCACCUAUAUCACUUCCUGCAAAGCCACCUACUAUCGAGGAACCCCCAUCUCCUAUAAAGCCUAUACCGCUGGAACCUACAAACCGACCUCUUUCUAUAACACAACCUAUACCUUUCCCUCCCUCCCCUACGAUUUCUGAACCUCAAUCCCCUAUAUAUCCUCCUUCACUUCUAUCAACAAAAAGGCCAGUCUCGGUCUCACAAGCCCCAACGUCUCCACUCGCGCAGCCCCCGACAAAUGCAGGAUGGGGCGAAGAUGAGGAGGAGGAUGAUGAUGACUGGGGAGAUAUGGUUUCGUCGCCAACGGUCAAUACAAACGGCGGGUUCAAUUCGAUGGAUGCGAUUGCUGAUUCCAAUUCGACCGACAAGGGAAAUGCCAGCAAACCAAUGAUCGCUACCCAAUCUCCUGCGAGUGAUGCUUUCAAGAGCACGCCCGACAUAGAGACAAUAAGCAACGGUCGACCUUCUAUGGACACCUUAUCUGUACCAACGCAAAAUUUUGCGCCUAAUAAGUCUCAACCGCCUACGGGCAUCUGGAAUUUCCCAUCACUUAAAGGCGUAAAGCCAAGCCAUUCUAGGUCGACUACGGUUGAUAUGAGUGCUUCACCUGGGAAGAGUGCAUUGCCUACCCACUCACGGUCCACUACGAUCGAUAUGGGGACUUCUCUCUCGCCACUGGACGGGUUUGCAUCUGCAGACUUGAUGUCAAAUCAAGCAAAACCCCCCAUCCAAGUUGCCGAUAGAGUCAAUACAUGGGACUCUUGGGGCUUGGGACUGCUCGAUGAUUCCAACAAGCCAGUCAAACCAAGGGAAGACAGGUUGUUUGCAAGUCAAACCCCGCCACCUCCUACCACGUCUAUGGACGUAUUGAAAGAAACGGCUUCACCCAAAAAGCCACGACCGAUGUCACUACCUGUCCCCCCGCGACCACAAACAGAUGUGGAAUCUCCUAAAGACGACGAGAUGGUCGCAACUAUCCUUCGAGAUCUACCGGAUCUCUCUUACAUGUUACGAUAA